GUCUCUCAUUGAUGAAUUAUUGUCUCUCACGAUCACUGCUAAUCUCCGGCAGUUGCUAUGGAAGCCAGCGCCGGUCUUGUCGCCGGUUCUCAUAACCGUAAUGAACUUGUCGUCAUUCACAACCAUGAAGAGCCAAAGCCUCUAAAGAAUUUAGAUGGACAAUUCUGUGAGAUAUGUGGAGAUCAGAUUGGUUUGACAGUAGACGGAGACCUCUUCGUUGCUUGCAACGAGUGUGGUUUUCCGGCGUGUAGGCCUUGCUAUGAGUACGAGAGAAGAGAAGGUACACAGAACUGUCCUCAGUGUAAGACUCGUUACAAGCGUCUCAGAGGAAGCCCACGUGUGGAGGGAGAUGAGGAUGAAGAAGAUAUUGAUGAUAUUGAGUAUGAGUUUAAUAUCGAACAUGAACAAGAUAAGCAGAAGCAUUCUGCUGAGGCUAUGCUUUAUGGGAAAAUGAGCUAUGGAAGAGGUCCUGAGGAUGAUGAGAACGGGAGAUUCCCACCUGUUAUAGCUGGUGGAUAUAGUGGAGAAUUCCCUGUUGGAGGAGGCUAUGGGAAUGGAGAACAUGGGCUUCAUAAGCGUGUCCACCCAUAUCCAUCAUCUGAAGCUGGGAGUGAGGGAGGAUGGCGGGAAAGAAUGGAUGACUGGAAGCUCCAGCAUGGGAAUCUUGGGCCAGAACCAGAUGAUGAUCCUGAGAUGGGACUGAUUGACGAAGCACGGCAGCCACUCUCGCGGAAAGUGCCCAUUGCCUCAAGCAAGAUCAAUCCAUAUCGGAUGGUCAUCGUGGCUAGGCUUGUGAUUCUAGCAGUUUUUCUACGGUAUAGGCUCUUGAACCCAGUGCAUGAUGCUCUGGGGUUAUGGCUGACCUCUGUGAUCUGUGAAAUCUGGUUCGCUGUCUCUUGGAUUCUUGAUCAGUUUCCCAAGUGGUUCCCCAUUGAACGUGAGACCUAUCUAGAUCGGCUUUCCCUCAGGUACGAGAGAGAAGGUGAACCAAAUAUGCUUGCCCCUGUAGAUGUCUUUGUCAGUACGGUGGACCCGCUGAAGGAACCUCCCCUCGUCACAUCCAACACUGUGCUUUCAAUCUUGGCCAUGGACUACCCAGUUGAGAAAAUCUCCUGCUAUGUCUCUGACGAUGGUGCUUCAAUGCUCACAUUCGAAUCUCUCUCGGAAACUGCCGAGUUUGCAAGAAAAUGGGUUCCCUUCUGUAAGAAAUUCUCCAUAGAGCCACGGGCACCAGAGAUGUACUUCACGUUGAAAAUUGAUUAUCUCCAGGACAAAGUCCACCCAACGUUUGUUAAGGAACGUCGAGCCAUGAAGAGAGAAUAUGAGGAGUUCAAGGUCAGGAUCAAUGCUCUCGUGGCUAAGGCCUCAAAGGUUCCUCUAGAAGGUUGGAUCAUGCAAGAUGGAACACCAUGGCCAGGGAACAACACCAAGGACCACCCCGGUAUGAUCCAAGUCUUCCUCGGCCACAGCGGAGGAUUUGAUGUUGAAGGCCACGAGCUUCCUCGGCUUGUGUACGUGUCCCGUGAGAAGCGUCCUGGUUUUCAGCACCACAAGAAAGCUGGCGCCAUGAACGCCCUGGUUCGAGUGGCAGGCGUACUCACAAAUGCUCCUUUCAUGCUGAACUUGGACUGUGAUCACUAUGUGAACAACAGCAAGGCCGUGAGGGAAGCAAUGUGUUUUUUGAUGGAUCCUCAGAUUGGAAAGAAGGUCUGCUAUGUUCAGUUCCCUCAAAGGUUCGACGGUAUUGACACGAACGAUCGUUACGCCAACAGAAACACAGUCUUCUUUGAUAUCAAUAUGAAAGGUCUAGAUGGAAUCCAAGGUCCAGUUUAUGUUGGUACUGGUUGUGUUUUCAAACGACAAGCUCUGUAUGGUUAUGAACCACCAAAGGGUCCUAAACGUCCAAAGAUGAUUAGCUGUGGUUGUUGUCCUUGCUUUGGGCGCCGGAGAAAGAAUAAGAAGUUUUCCAAGAAUGACAUGAAUGGUGACGUAGCAGCCCUUGGAGAAGGUGAUAAGGAGCAUUUGAUGUCUGAAAUGAACUUUGAGAAAAAGUUUGGGCAAUCAUCCAUCUUUGUAACCUCAACUUUGAUGGAAGAAGGUGGCGUUCCUCCGUCAUCAAGUCCUGCAGUGCUCCUUAAGGAGGCAAUCCACGUCAUAAGCUGCGGUUAUGAAGAUAAGACUGAGUGGGGAACUGAGCUGGGUUGGAUCUAUGGCUCUAUCACAGAGGAUAUUUUGACGGGUUUCAAGAUGCAUUGCCGUGGCUGGAGGUCUAUUUACUGCAUGCCUAAGAGGCCUGCAUUCAAAGCCAUCUGUCUCCUUACUGACAAAUUCAUCAUGCCACCGAUAAGCACAUUUGCUAGUCUCUUCUUCAUCUCACUGUUUAUGUCGAUCAUUGUAACGGGAAUCUUGGAAUUGAGAUGGAGCGGAGUUAGCAUUGAGGAAUGAAUUGAUCCUUUUGUGCUCAAGACCAAAGGACCUGACACUUCCAAGUGUGGCAUCAACUGCUGAAGCAAAUUUUUUCCGUCUUCUGAAACUUUUCUGUACUGUCCAGAGUGUUUUCACUUCUUUUUUUGGAUUGCAUAAUUGGAUUUUGUUUAUUGUAUAUUAGCCAGCAAAACAGAUGGAUUUGGAAUUAUUGUGAGAGAUAAAUGCAUUGUAAAAGAAGAUUCGAACAAAAUUACUUUUUAGUU